AUGAAGUGGCAUCCUACGUUAAUCCCUCGCACAAAUGUUAUUCUGUUAUUCACCGGUGCUGUAUAUGAAUACAGAAGUCUGAAAGGGAACUCAGCAAAGAGUCCAAUAAUGGCAGAGCAAAGAUUCCUGUCAAUUCUUCUGGCCUUUAUGGUCUUCAACAUUCAAAUUUUCCCUUUAACUUCUGGAUACUAUGCAGUUUCUGCUUCUCCUUCACUUCCUCCAUCAGAACCACCAGUAUCACCACCCUAUGGAAUACUUCCUCCAUCACCUUCUCCAUCUUCCACCUCAUUACCCCCAUGGCCGGCUUCACAACCGCCCGUGCUACCAAAAGCAGAACCACCAUCACCUUGUAGUACAACUCCUUCUCCACCUCCAUCUCCAUCUCCUUUACCUUCUUCAGGCAUCAAAGGUGCAUACUGGCCAUCAUGGCAAGCAGAAAUUAUUCCUCCAUCAAGCGUACCUACUUCAUAUUUCACCCACUUUUUCUACGCAUUCGCUUUAAUUGAUCCUACGUCAUGCUAUUUAAACAUCUCUUCCUUCGAUGAAAAAUGGAUGACAAACUUCACGACAACCCUUCACCAGAAAUCUCCUUCAGUGAAGGUCCUUCUUUCCAUUGGUGGUGCAGCUGCAAACGCAAACAUUUUCUCCUACAUGGCGAGUAAUUUUGACAAUCGCGCUUCAUUUAUCAUCUCCUCCUUGAAUGAGGCCAGAAGACAUGGGUUUGAUGGUUUAGAUCUCGAUUGGGAGUACCCAGCUACUCAACAAGACAUGUCCAAUCUUGCGUUGCUCUUCAGAGAAUGGCGAGUAGCUGCUCAACAGGAGUCACUUCUUUCAGGAAAACCCCGACUGCUUAUAUCAGCGGCAGUUUAUUUCUCUUCCAAUGUCUUCAAUUCUGGCGUUUAUCGCACUUAUUCAGGAUAUGCAAUUCUAGAGUACUUAGAUUUCUUGAAUCCCAUGUGCUACGAUUAUCACGGUUUUUGGAACACAUCAGUAACAGGCGCACAGGCAUUGCUUUAUGACAAUUCCAGCAAUAUAAGCACCAGCUAUGGAAUUUCAUCGUGGAAAGCGAGUGGCGUACCGUCAGAGAAGCUAGUUCUAGGCUUGCCUGCGUAUGGGAGGUCCUGGACACUGAAGGAUGGCAACCAAAAUGGAAUUGGAGCUCCUGCGGUGGGAGUCGGUCCUGGGGACCAAGGGAUGAUUGGAUAUAAUGAAAUAGUGGAGUUCAAUUUGAAGAAUAAUGCUACUGUAGUUUAUGAUAGUGAGACGGUGUCAACUUAUUCAUAUGCAGGAACUACAUGGAUUGGAUACGAUGAUGCCACAUCCAUCAUAAACAAGAUUAAGUUUGCUAAGUCUCAGGGUCUUGGCGGUUAUUUCUUCUGGGCGCUUGGUUCUGAUGUGAACUGGUCUCUUUCUAGAGCAGGCUAA